AUGAAUGCCAGCGUUGCAAAACACCCCUACUUGGCAGAUCAAUCCUCCUUCGCGCCAAGCCUAAAAGCUGUCUCGCAGUAUACGUCACCAAUAGACGAAGAUACCGGGAGCGACAGCGCCUACGCCGCCAUCUCAUCAUUCUAUCAACCCCAACCAGCCAUAUACGAUAUUCGUGAGGUUCCAGACACUCACAUAUACGGUUUCAAUGGGCCGUACUCGGACGAUGGCGUUGACACGAACUCAUUACAGGUGUACUCGAAAUUGGAGAACCCGAAGCGAAGGUCUUCCUCACCGUAUACUCCACAAGGAUAUCUCCUACCACCAGCGGAGCCGCUGUCGCCGUUUCCAAACUUUCAGGGAGAAAUAGGCCUGUCUUCCCAACCUCCGUCUCUGUCGGAGGGCUCGAUGUCUCCUAUUCUUGGCAGGCCGGCAACACCAAGGUACAUCCCUACUAAACCUACGUCCAAGCAAGGUGAGCAGCACAAGGCCGGCCUCGCAAUACAGAAUAUCGGCUGGGAUGACUUUCGCUCUUCUCGAGUGUCUAUAGAUACCAACGGACACACGGCUCCUGCAUCGCUACCCAUUGCAUGGCCCAAGCCUGACAAGCAGGUACCCCCAAUUGCUGCUCAGUCCAAGUUUGAGGAGAACGUCCCGAAAAAGAAGACGAUCAAGUAUGCUCUACCACCCUCAGUUGAGCAGUGCAAGAAGUCUCGCAAGCAUUCCGACAUGGAGACAUUGAUGAGGGUGCACAACUUCGGCAAAAGACUUCAGGUAGUGUACCACCAAGGUCCCAAGGGCGAAGGCCAGAAGAUGUGGAACGGCAUUCGGCGCAAACAAAAGGAAAAGCGCGAGCUGAAACCCACACAGGCACCUCUAAAGGCAUCAUGGGCCGCGCGUAGCCCACGUACACAAGCUACGCGCACAGAAGUUCACAAGGAGCAGCUCAAAGAUCUUCAUGCUGCAGCUCUCGAUGUGCCAGCGCCCAGGGCACCGUUCAUCUCGCCUCCUCUUCAGUCUCGCCCGAAGCCUCCUGUACCGGCUCGACCGGCACCCUUGGGUAUUCUGAGGUCUCCAGUGAGCCACAAGCCACUCCCAGGCUCUGUGCCGAUGAAGCUUCGGGGAAGCGUAGGAUCCCAGGGCAAGGUGAGCACUACCUCCGCAUACACUUACCAUUCGUGGGACGUCCCUGUGGCAGCAUCGCAGAGCGUACAGUACGACUCUCAGGAAUCCAUCAUCGACUACUCUCAGUCGAAGGCCCGUGUACCAAUUCUCGAUCCUGCCCCCAAGCCCAAGGCAACUCAGAAGAAAGGCCUUCCUCCUCGGCCUGUACUUGCUCCGGGCGAGCAAGAGCCUCCUGAGCUAGCGGAGCAAGAGAGGAUGUACAAGCUGCGCGUAGGUACAGAUGCCUUUCGGCCGGCCAUGAAUGGAUUGCCACCUCCACCAAUGCCCCCGGUUGGUUCGAUGUUCUCGACCGCGCCAUCAAAGUCGCAGAUCAACCUCCCAGCAGGACCCGGUCUCGCAGUGAGUAGCCAAUUUCCCUAUGUUGCUUCUAAAUCCCACAACACCUUUGCCUUUCUGGAAGACCGCCACACAGAACAUCCGCGUCACAACAAGGUGAAGGACAAAGAGCCAAAGAGCCGCUUCGCCGAGCUCGCAUCUACCUUCUUUGAUGUCCCCUCGCAGCCUAAAGAAGGUCCCUCUAAGGACAAAGACGGUGCCCCUAAACAUACCAAAGAACACCUCGCUAAUCUGCUGUCCCUUCACAAGAACAAAGCCCACUUGAAACACCAGCAGAAGAUCAAAGCGAAUAUCAGCAAUCCCCGCCCCAUGCUCGCGCCCAACGGCUUCACCGCGAACUUUUCUACUGCGGCGGGUGGAGUGGAUGGGCCGGCGGCAGCUGUGGCUGUUGCGCCGAAGAUUCCCAACCCAGCUCUUGCGCAUGGUAAAGCAAACCUUCCUCCUCCUAUCCCUCCUCGUCCUGCAGAUUACGUCUUUCCGCACUCUGCCAGCCAGACCAAUCUGCACGCAAAAGGCAAGGCGAAGAAGGAGAAGAAAGCUAACUGGGCAGUUCCUUUCUCCCGCCCCCGUGCCCGCCGCGACAGCGAUGCUUCUAUGGUGUGCGCGGAUGCGCGCCAGAGCGAGCGUAAGCACCAGCAUGGCAGAGAGCAGGAGCAAAAGGAGCAUGGCUCUGGCGUGCUGAAUAUGAUGACGUUCAUGGGGCCGGUGAGGCAGCAGGUAGAGGAGAUAAAGCUGAGGGACCCCGGCCCGUCGAGGCAGGCGCAUACAUAUCAGUACUCUGAUGAGAGUUUGGUGCCGGAGCCGUUGGGGGUCAGGAAGAGUGAGACCGCUAGGACGGAGGCGAGCUUUUACCGGAAGUAUGAUAGUUUGAUUGGGGAAUAUAGAGAUAGUGGGUAUAGGAGUGGCGAGGGCAGGAGUGGGUGGUUUUAG